AGGGGUGGGUGGCAGAGAGGAGGAGUAACAGCUUUGGGAGUAGCUCAGCAGAAGGUGUAAUAAAGGCAGGGCAUCUCUUUAUGUUUGCCUGCUUAAAAGACUAAAUCUGCUCAGAUUCUAUAGUCACAUCAACGGACUAGGCAUGUCUGUUUAGAGCUUUUCACAUCACACAUUAUAGCUGCUUGUUUAGACUAAGGUGGAACUUAGCAAGAUGGCUUCAAAUCCUCCUGGACAAGGCUUUCAGAAUAAGAACAGGGUUGCGAUCUUGGCUGAGCUAGACAAGGAAAAGAGGAAGCUACUGAUGCAAAACCAAUCUUCCACAAAUCACCCUGGAGCCAGAGUUCUGCAGCCACUCUUCCAAACAUAUGAACUCCCCAUCCUGAAGACUAUGGACCCCUGUAUCUCUCUAGCUAGAUCCUCCCUUAACAAGGAUUUUCGUGAUCAUGCUGAGCAGCAGCACAUAGCUGCACAACAAAAGGCUGCUCUGCAGCAUGCCCAUGCACAUUCUUCAGGAUACUUUAUAACUCAAGAUUCUGCCUUUGGAAACCUUAUUCUUCCUGUGUUACCACGACUUGAGUUAGAGUGAGAGAGAAUCUUUGGAAUGAAGAACAUCAGGGUUCAUCUAGUACAACAGCUGCUAUCUUUCUAAUCCUCCAGUUGGUGGCUUGUGAAAAUAAGAGAGGACUCCUAGCUGAAGAUAUUUUAUUCAUUGUAAUGACUUUAAUUCUUGAUGCAGACAUUUUCUUUUCAGGGGACAUUAAACUACUUAAAAUGAGUUCUGAGGCACCCUGUUUUUUCUUUCCUUCUGGUCCCAAAAUUGUUUAUAACUAUUAUGUACUUCAGUUGGCUCUUUCUGUUCUUGUAUUUAUUACAACACACUAAGCAUAGCACAUUAAACAAUUUAAUAUAGCGCAUUAAAACAUCACAGUGCUUUACCUGCAUUAUUUCAGUAAUCCUUACAUCAACCUUUUAAGGUAUUAUUAUUCUGAUAUUCCAGAUGAGUCUCUGUGUGAGUGAAACAGAGAAUGUGACUUGUUUGAAGCCACCCAGUGAGUUAAUAGCUGUGAGCUUUGAACAUAAGACCUGGAUCAUAGCUCACACUUCACCAUCAAUAAAGUGACUAUUGUGUAUUGGAAGUAUUCUGUUUUGGCAUUCAUGAAAAUAAACAGCCAGUCCUGGGUUCAAGUAUUUUCAAA